CGGGCCACGUGCGGGAGGAGGGGCCGCCUUCUGGUUGGCGCCCCGCGUCCGUCCCUCCUUAACGGCGUAGGCCCCGCGGUGGAGGCGAGGGCGCGCCCUGGCUGGGAGGGCAGGGCUAGAGACCUGUCCAUCACCGAGUCUGCGGGUGGCGGCACCUACCGCACCGCCGUACCUAGGAGAGGCAGAGCCGGGGCGGGCAGGCCGCGGCCGGGGGAGGCGGAGACAGGCUGGCGGGAGCCAAUCGUCCGGGCGGCGCGAGGGGGCGGGGGCGGGGUCCCCGCGCGCGACCCAAACACAAGGGCCGGGCGCACCCUGCCGCCGCGCCGCUCCGCGACCUUCCGGCGCGAGGGUCCGGGACCUCCUCCCCUCUUGGGCACCCCCACCUUCGCGGCUCAGAUCCUCCCGCCAGCCCGGCCCCUCCUUCGCGGGGGGAGCGAGGCGACGGUUGCCGGGAAGCGUGCGCCACCCCUCCCUCCCAUUCUUCGUCUUUCCCUCGCGCGCCACCCGUUUUUCCUCUUUCUCCGUUAAUAACAGUUGGGUGGCUGGGGGAGGAGAGAAGGUGGCCCCGGCGAAGUCUGGGCGGGCGCCUCCCACUCAGCCGCCUGCUGCCGUGUGAGCCGGAGGAUGGCGGCGGUAGCAGCGGCCGCCCGAGAGGAGGCGGUGCCGAGGCCCGGGGCGCCGAGCGCGGCGGCAGAGAGCGGCAGCGGCCCGUCGUGGCGCACCAGAACCGAAACCAGCUGCCGCCGCACGUCCACCUGAGCCGCCUCUUUCCGCUGGAGCCUGCGAGCGGUGCGCGCAGCCGGAUCCCCUUUCCUCUUCGCGUCUCCACGUCUCCUGCGCCCGCGUGAGGCCGCCGGCCUCGCCCACCGCCCGGAGAAGAGCGCGCAGGGUGCCGACUGCCCCUCGGGGCGCCGGGCGGCGGCCCUGGACGUGCGGGGGCCUCUCUGUGCCGGCCGCGGCGCCUCGGCCCUGCCCUCAGGCUUCUGCCCUCGCUCUCGCCCUCGCUCCCGCCCUCUCGGAGCUCCGGGCGCUGCGCGCGGGCCCGGCCCGGGGCAGGGCGGACAUGGGCGCCAAGCAGAGCGGCCCGGCCGCCGCUAACGGCCGCACGCGCGCGUACUCGGGCUCGGAUCUGCCUUCCAGCAGCAGCGGAGGGGCCAAUGGGACCGCGGGCGGCAGCGGCAGCGGCGGCCCUCGGUCCGCCGCCGCGGGGAGGUUCCCGGCUCAGGUGCCCGGAGCACACCAGCCCAGCGCCUCGGGCGGCGCCGCAGCGGCCUCGGCGGCCCCGGCAGCCCCGGCCCCGCGCAGCCGCUCCCUUGGCGGGGCCGUGGGGAGCGUGGCGUCGGGGGCCCGCGCGGCGCAGUCCUCCUUCAGCAUCCCGAACAGCAGCAGCGGCCCGUACGGCUCGCAGGACUCGGUGCACAGCAGCCCCGAGGACGGCGGCGGUGGCAGGGACCGGCCGGCAGGCGGGAGCCCCGGCGGGCCGCGUCUGGUGAUCGGCUCCUUACCAGCUCACCUCUCGCCGCACAUGUUUGGAGGAUUUAAGUGCCCCGUAUGCUCAAAAUUUGUACCCUCAGAUGAAAUGGAUUUGCAUCUUGUAAUGUGUUUAACAAAGCCAAGAAUAACCUAUAACGAGGAUGUACUGAGUAAAGAUGCUGGGGAAUGUGCAAUAUGCCUUGAAGAACUGCAGCAGGGAGAUACUAUAGCAAGACUGCCUUGUCUAUGCAUAUAUCAUAAAGGCUGCAUAGAUGAAUGGUUUGAAGUAAAUAGAUCUUGCCCUGAGCACCCUUCAGAUUAAGCAUCAACUUCCUGUUUUAUAGGUUUUCUUGUCUUUACAAGAUGCUUGAAAAACCAAGAGGAUAUGAAGAUACUGUCUCUGGAGAAACAAAAAUGCAGGCAUACUCAGCCAGAAAUCUGAGUUUUGUGAGGACUUGGUAACAAAGAUGGACAGUCGUGCUGGGGAAAGACAAAAAUCCUGCUGAAGAGAGGACAGUGACCACAGAACUCAGUGUACCAAACAUGCAUAUAAAGGACACACAGGGAUUUUGAAAAUGCUGCACAUCCCUUAAUAGUCAUCUACGUAGGUAAUACUGAUAAACAUUUUGUAUUCAGACGCCAAAGUUAACUGAUUUAAAAGUUGAUUUACUUUUUAUUAAGUUCUCCAGAGCUGCACAACUAGUUAUGUUUUGAUUUGUUUUAUUGUUUAGUUUGGGAUCUCUUUGUUUUCCCCAACAUAAUGUUUCUGCAUUCAUCUGUUCUUAAAUUUAAAACAUAUAAUUUACUUCUUAUAAAUUAAAGUCUUAAAUGUGAAACCAAGAAAUUUAAUCAAGCAGUAAAAACAUUCUCUGAAUGUAGACCAUGAUUUCAAGUUCUUCCAUUUUUUCCCCCAAGAGUGGAAAAUAGACUUCUACAUAGGAAAGCUAUGUUAAUAUUUUUAAAUUAAAGAUUUAAUAUCAGAAUGCAGUCCAAAGAGUAAAUCACAUUAUAUAAUUACCUUUUAAUUAAAUAUAGAAUACUCUACUGAAUUGCAGUUUAUUAAAUAUACUUAUCCUCUUAAAUAAUACUGCUCAACAGUUAAUCAGCAGUGAAUCAUCUUGUAGCUAUGCAAUUUAAAAAAAAAUACAGAUUACCAAUUUUAAGUGCUGCCGGCUACAAUAACUCUGUUUUAACGGGUAUCUUUUGUUUGGUCUUUUCACGUAAUUUAUUGUGCUUUGCAUCUCCAGGCAGUUCUCUCACAUUUGGGUGAAAUGUUUAGCGGGCUGUAAACUUAAGGGUAAAAUAAAAUUUUCUGAAAUGGAACUUGGAAUAAUUUGAGGGAGGUUUUAUAUACCUUUAAAAAUUGGAAUUUAAUUGGGAUCCCAGAUUUAUAGCAAUUUGCAUCUUUAAUUUUCCAGAUAAUCUGGAAGUUAGCGUUUGAUAAAUGAUUUUUUAAAGCAGAUAUAUUUUGUUUAUAAUUUAUUCAUGUGUUAUUACUGUAAUUGAAAAUGUUAUAGACACUUUUAAAUUCAGUUUGUGUGGAAAUGUGUUAAACAAAAAUAUGUGAAUAAAUUUUCCCACAUAAUACAUCUGAAUGGUUAAAAAUACUGGAAGAGUUGUCAGGGCUAUGAUAUUGAAUGUCUUUUUUUUUUAAUAUCAAAAAUAUCGAUAAGUAGGUUUUGUGUUUUCAACAUAGGGAAAAUGUUAUCAAUGAGUGGGCAGUGCACUUUACUUGGUAUAACUGAAAGUUGCACAGUAAGUACUGUUUCCUUAUUUUAAUCUUUCUUUACUCCUAAUGUAUUUAAGAAGUUGCUGUUUUAUUUAACGCUGCUACUCUUAAUCUUCUCUAAAUUUGUUCCCCUACUUUCUUGUUUCUGUUUCACAUUUUUUAAAAGGGCAAGUACAGGAGCAACUGCUGCUACCCAGAAAAAUUUGUAUAUUAUAAAUAAUUAAAAGAGUUUUUAAUUGCUUUCUGUAUGAUUCCAGAUCAGAUAACAUUUUCCCUAAAGUUAUGCUGUGAAAUGCCUUUUGUUAUGCUGCAAUUGCUAAAGGAAUCCAAAAUCUCCAUUGUGACAGCUGACAGCACAGUUUAAUAGGUGCUUUUUAACUAGUUGUGGAAAAUAUUCUCCCCUUAAGGAAACUAUUGUUUUUCUAAAUUUUUUCUGUUACCAUGAAGUCUUAAUUUGAAUUUAUUUUACAAUUUUGAUUUUGUAAGCUUUCAUAUCCUCCUACCCAACCCCCUCAAGUAAAACCUCUUAGAAUGUGAGUAAUUGAUUUGUUUUCUAUUACUGAUAUACUGUUGUGAUCAGAACUAUUUUGUUGUCUUCCAUUCUGAAAGGAAGAUAUUUAUACAACUGUGGGGAUUAUAUUCUCCUGGUAGUCAAUUUUCUCAUAGGUUGAUGCAAAAGUCAUUGCAAAAACCACCAUUACUUUUGCACCAAUUUAAUAUUUCACUUGUUUACUUUUUAAACUAUAUUGGCUUAAAUUCACUUUUUAGCCCCUCUUUGUCAUAAGGUUCUGUGCUGCAUCUGAAACAAUAGAAGCUCCUGUGGUUUUAAAGAAAGUUCGUUGUUUGUCAGUGUCAAGUGCUACUUGAUUAUUAUAUUUCUCUGAAACAAUAUUCACUUAAA